ACCUCAACAGAAGAUACUGCCCCAUUCUGAUGCCAUUUCAUGACUGAAAAAAAAUGCCUUCAUGCCAUUUGUGGUUCUCUCCCUCUCCCCCUUCAUGUGGACGCCCUCCACUCUGCUUAUCAGCGUGGGAAGACACACCAUGCAGAGAGACAGCGAGUAAAGUCACUUGUCUUUACUGCAGCAAUGGAACUGGGACACAAAACAGCCGUUGGACUCAUGACAGUGUUGGCGUGUGUGGAAGCUGCUGUGGGCUGGUGCACAGUGUCCCAGCCUCAGGAAUCCUGGGCCACCACCGGGGACUCCCUGACACUCAACUGCACCUUCCAGGUGCCAGACAAGUCUAGGGUUCGAGUGACCUGGUCUCAUAGUAAUGGAUCCCAGGCAGACCGUGUGCAGGUGUCCUCCACGUUUCGAGACAAUAGAAUAAACGUAUCAGAUGAUGGGGACCCCAAAGAGCUGGUGUACGAGGAGGUGGGACACAGUUGGUCCAAACUGACUCUAAUGAAUACUAACUUCAACAAUCAAGGGAUCUACUUCUGUGAGGUGACAGUGGAGAUCCCAACCCUGGAUAACUGCUCUGGCAAUGGAACAAACGUUAUAAUUGGUAAAAGGCAAAAAACUUCGUCUCCAGCCACAGAGGAAACUUCGUCUCCAGCCACAGAGGGCUGGGAGAUCUGGCUGGGAGUGGGAGUAGGAAUAGCUUUUCUGCUGACCGGCAUGAUGUUGGGAUUGUCCAUCUAUUGCUGGAAGAAGAGGCCCAAAGAAGAUGUGACCUAUGCCAACAUUCCACGUGCUCGUCGCCCCUUCAGUCGAGCUCAGCCCCGCAGCCAGGUACCGGACCGCAAGCGAAAUCAGGUCACCUGCCUCAACCGGUACCAGGACAAACCGUGUCAGGCCCCGAGCCCCAAGUCCCUGGAGGCCCUCACCAAGCUUGGGGGGCGGAAGCCUGUCCAGACCAGUGGCCUAAAAACAUAAGCCAGCAUCUGCUCGGGUUAAUAGUGUAUGUGUACUGAACUUUUGUAUAUAAAUAUACAUAUAUAUAAUUAUAAUUUUAUCAUUUUAAAAUUCAAUUAUUGUGAUUCUGUUUUGCUCGGUAAAGCCUAUUAAAUGAGUUAAAUGCCUUUCAGGAGUGAAUUACUUUCCAACUUGGCUAGGGCUUGUCUGUACCACUGGCAAAAGCCAUGCAAUAUCCGCGCCUUGCUGUCUCCUCAAGCUCUAGCAUUUAUUUAAAACUGUUGUUUGCAUUGAGCUUGUAGGAUGUUGCUUGCUUCUACAUGGCACUCUGCUUCGCUUCAGAGGGACUCUGCUUUGUGCACAGGUUGUGGUGCGCUUUGCCAGCUGUAGUAAAAACAGAUUCAAGAGAAGCCUUUCUUCUCAGCGCUAUUGUACUGAUCCAUUAUUUUUCCAGUUAAUCUCUUAUGUGAUGAGCAUGUGGAGAGGAGUUCUAAAUUUUUUUUUUUUGGGGGGAAGGGCAUGCAGCGCAGAUUCAGUAGCAAUAGCCAAGGGUGAGGACUCAUCCGGAUGUUGUCCGGACACCCUGGUUUUCCAGCGCUGUGUCCAGACUGCUGUUGGGUGUCCUCAUUUUAGCCCCUUUGUCCUCCUUUUCCCCUCCCCCCUUACCCACCCCCCCGGCAACAACCAGCACUACUGUCUUCUACCCUCAGUUGCACAAAUAGCAUGAAACACUCACACGCACAUACAAUGGAAGCCGGGGAUGUCUAUGUUUGCAAUUAUUGUUUUAUGUUGUUCUUGCAAGACAACGAGAUAAUUAUCUCGAAAGACAUAUCAUUCGCAGCUUCAGUAGUAUGUGUCUGAUGUAACCUCCUUUUCCGUUUUGGUCAUGUCAGUGAUCAGCUUACUACUGACACCUGGGUGCAAACUGAGACUGGCUUAAAUUAAAUUUUCUCAAAUUUAACACGGACUCCUCCAGGAUCUUCUGCACCUACAGUCCAAAGUCAUCUUUAAAUUGCCAUAUGAUUGUGUGUGUUUGCCCUGUUCUGCAGCUCCACCAGUUAACCUGUAUAGGAUAAGUGGUGAGACAAUGGCUAUGUAAGUGUGCGGAUCAGUGGGCUAAACCUCUGUGCCUAUUACUGGAAGGUCGCAAGAUUGAACUUGGCCUCAAAUACUAAUACCAUGCUACUUUGGUCAAAUCUAAUAUGUAUGGCUCAUAUUAGCUGUCCACAUGAUAAACGGUGGCAUGUUUUAAAGACUUAUAUUUUAUAUUAUAUUAACUAGCACUUUUAUUAAUAAGCUUGUGAUAUGAGUUUUAACCAAUAAAAAAUGUUCUGUGCA